UAUGACUGAGACUAUUCCACUUUUACCAAAAAAAAAAACUGCAACCUAUGACUGAAUCCUCCUCCUCCACCACCUUCCAGUCCUCGUCAUUAUGCCGCUUCCGUAUCCAGGGCAUGACAUGCAGUGCCUGCUCACUUGGUAUAGAAUCUACCCUCCAGAACAUUCAUGGUGUCAAAAGAGCUACAGUUGCUUUGGCCACUGAGAUAGCCGAAGUCGAAUUCGAUGCCGGUUUGGUCACCUUAUCUCAAUUGCUUGAAGCAAGUGAAGACAUGGGUUUUGAAGUUUCUGUAAUCUCCUCAGACGAGAACACGACCACUCUUUAUCUCAAACUCGAGAAUUCAAUCGGAGAUGAAGAACUGUUAAAGACCAGCUCCAUUGCGAAACUAAAAGGUAUUGAAGCCGUAGAGCUCGACCAAUCUAACAAGCGUUUAACCAUCUCUUAUUUAUCUGAUUUAAUUGGACCCAGAAACAUAAUAUCUGAACUUGAAUCCAGUGGAGUCAAGGCAUCACUUCUCGACGAGAAAGAAAAACAAGCUUUUGAACUGAAAAACAGCGAUAUCACAAAUUCAUACCGCAGCUUCCUCUGGAGCCUUGUCUUCACCAUCCCAGUGUUCUUCACAUCCAUGGUGUUCUCCUACAUUCCUUCCUUCAAACAAGGUUUCCUUGAGAGAAGAGUAGUCAAUAUGCUCACAUUUGGGACACUCUUCCGGGGUGUAUUGUCCACUCCGGUGCAAUUUGUUAUCGGCUGGAAGUUUUACGUUGGAGCUUAUAAAGCCAUGAAGAUGCAUUGUGCCAACAUGGAUUGCUUAGUCGUGGUUGGUACAAAUGCUGCCUAUUUCUAUUCAGUCUAUGUUGUGAUCAGGUCUUCAACAUCGAAAGAUUUCGAUAACAAAGAUUUUUUCGAAACAACUACAAUGCUGAUCUCAUUCAUUCUUCUAGGAAAGUAUUUAGUUGCAUUGUCAAAGGGGAGGACGAGUGACGCCAUAUCGAAACUCAUGAAGCUUGCGCCUGAGACCGCAAGGUUGAUGGUUUACGAUGAAGAGGGGAGAUUAACCGCAGAGGAGGUAAUUGAUAGGCGGCUAGUUGAGAAAAAUGAUUUGGUGAAGGUUUUACCGGGAGAGAAGGUCAGUGUAGAUGGAUUAGUGGUAAUGGGAGAGAGUCAGGUGGAUGAGAGUAUGAUCACCGGGGAGUCGAAGUGGGUUAGUAAAGCGAACGGUGACGAAGUCAUUGGAGGGACAAUGAACGGGUCAGGAGUGUUGCAAGUGCGAGUGACAUGUGUUGGGUCAGAUACUGCAGUUUCUCGUAUCAUACGGCUAGUUGAGGGAGCUCAGAUGGAGAAAGCCCCGGUGCAGAAGCUAGCUGAUAGAAUUUCACAGUACUUUGUCCCAUUGGUGGUUGGUUGUGGGGUUGUGACAUGGGCAUGCUGGUACACUUUGGGGAUGUUAGGCCUGUAUCCAGGAGAGUGGGUCCCAUCUUACAUGGAUAAGUUUGAGCUGGCCUUACAGUUUGGGAUAUCAGUGGUGGUGGUAGCUUGCCCUUGUGCAUUAGGAUUGGCAACUCCUACAGCUGUGAUGGUAGGAACUGGCGUAGGUGCUUCUCAGGGUGUACUCAUAAAAGGAGGCCAAGCUCUUGAAAAUUCACACAAGGUGAAUUGCGUGGUGUUUGACAAGACGGGGACGUUAACAGCCGGAAAGCCAACAGUUGUUACUACCAAUCUGCUUACAAACAUGUCUCUUCUGGAGUUUUAUCAAUUGGUAGCCGCAACUGAGGUUAACAGUGAGCACCCAUUAGCCAAGGCCAUGGUAGAACACGCAGAGAACCAUGUACAGAUGCAGGCAUGGCCAGAGGCUUCUGACUUUGAGUCAUUUACAGGCCAUGGAGUCAAGGGUACAGUCAACGAAAAACGUAUUUUAAUAGGAAACAAAGGUUUAAUGCAAAAAUUUGACCAUCACAUUCCUAGUGUUGCAAUUGAUUUCCUGGAUGCUGCACAAUGUCUGGGUCAUACAGCAGUUCUUGUGGCUGUUGAUGGACAUGUCGUGGGAGUUAUUGCAAUCUCAGAUCCUGUGAAGCCAGAAGCAAGUAGAGUAGUAUCAAUCUUGAAGAGAAUGGGUUUAAAGACUUUGAUGGUAACAGGAGACAGUCAGAUGACAGCAAAUGUUGUCGCCAAAGAAGUGGGUAUUGAUUUUGUCAUGGCAGAAGCCAAACCCGAAGAAAAGGCACAAAAGAUUAGGGAACUGCAGAGGGAAGGACUCACGGUGGCGAUGGUUGGAGAUGGCAUUAACGACUCGCCCGCAUUAGCUGUUGCAGAUGUUGGAAUGGCAAUUGGAGCCGGCUCUGACAUAGCUAUCGAGGUUGCAAAUAUUGUUUUGAUGAGAAGCAAUCUGGAAGAUGUAGUCACUGCCAUUGACCUCUCCACAAAGUCAUUUAACAGAAUCCGCUUAAACUAUGUGUGGGCACUAGCUUACAAUGUCAUGGCAAUACCCAUUGCUGCGGGAGCAUUGUACCCGUUUGUCAGGUUUCGGCUACCACCAUGGGUUGCUGGUGCUGCUAUGGGCGCUUCCUCAGUGAGCGUUGUUUGUUCUUCACUCUUGCUCAAAUAUUACAAAAGACCACGAGAACUUGAUUCUCUCGAAUUACAAGGAAUCGAAGUCGAAUAACUAAAUGAGGCGCAGUUGCACAGAGUGAAUCUCAAUAAGGCGGCAGUCACUAACUGAUGAAAGUGCCGACAGAACAUCCUUCCUACAGUUUGUAAUGCGUGAGCCACAGAUAUUGUUAAUGCCAAACUGGUUUUGUCCACUGACUUGUGAAUCAGGUGAUUCAGCUAAAAUUUAUGUUCAGACUCCAAAUAAGAGUUUCCCCGUGAAAAAUCACCAGUUGUACAGUUUCGCAU